AUGGGCUAUACUCUCUGCGUGCUAGGAUGUGGAACGAUGGGCAUCGCGAUAUUGUCUGGCGUCGUGGCCAGUUUGGAACCACAUCGCAACAAAAGCGACUUUCCGAAGUGGGAAUCGCAUACUCCUGGCACUUUGACCCCCGUGAACACCCCAGAUGUCACAGUGCCGACCAGAUUCAUCGCCUGUGUCAGCAAGGAGCAAAGUGGGAAGAAGCUGACCGCGACAUUCGCCAAUCUCGGAAGACAGGUCGAGAUCGUGGUGUCGAAUAAUCUGUGGGCGGUCCAGCAGGCUGAUGUUAUUCUUCUAUGUUGCAAGCCUCAGCUCGCCCAUACGAUCCUGGAAGAGCCAGGAAUGAGGCAGGCCUUGGACAGCAAGCUCCUGAUCAGUAUCCUCGCUGGUGUCACCCUUUCCCAACUCAACGAAUGGAUUCUCCCAUCUACGACAGUCAUACGAGCAAUGCCCAACACCCCUUGCAAGAUACGAGAAGGAAUGACCGUCGUCUCACCAAUCCCAGAAUCAGCGGAAGCAGAGAGGGACACCGCGAGAAUAUUGAAGAUCUUCUCCUCGAUCGGAAGAUGUAGAUUCUUAGAGGAGAAACACUUCGAUGCGUGCACCGCGCUAUCUGGUUCUGGUCCCGCUUUCGCCUGUAUAUUCCUCGAGGCAAUGGCUGACGGCGGGGUGAUGAUGGGCUUGCCUAGAGCGGAAGCUUUGGAAUUAGCUGCGCAGACACUCCAAGGUGCAGCUCGGAUGGUAUUGCAAGUGGGAGCGCAUCCUGCACAAAUAAAGGAUGCAGUUACUACCCCGGGAGGGUGCACGAUUGCGGGUCUACUUGCUUUAGAAGACGGACGAGUACGUUCCACCAUCGCACGAGGCAUUCAGAUUGCUACAGAACGAGCAAGCGAGCUUGGACAACCAGGCAAGAAGUAG